UAUCCCCCAAACGGUCACAUCUUUUCUUGCUUUGUGUUUUUUAACACAAAAAAAGUUUUUCCCUUUCGUACUUUAUUUGUUGAUAAGCUUCUAUUUACGAAUUAAAAGCAAUAAAAUGUCCGACAAUGAUGAUGACUUUAUGUGCGACGAUGAUGAGGACUAUGGAUUGGAAUACUCCGAGGAUAGCAACUCGGAACCGGAUGUGGAUCUGGAGAAUCAGUACUACAACAGCAAGGCUCUGAAAGAGGAGGAACCCAAGGCGGCGUUGGCUAGUUUUCAGAAGGUACUCGAUCUUGAAAAUGGCGAGAAAGGAGAGUGGGGAUUUAAGGCGUUGAAGCAAAUGAUCAAGAUCAACUUUAGAUUGUGCAACUACGAUGAGAUGAUGGUUCGCUACAAGCAGCUCCUAACAUACAUUAAGAGCGCAGUGACCAGGAAUCAUUCGGAAAAGAGCAUCAAUUCAAUCCUGGACUAUAUAUCGACGUCGAAGAAUAUGGCACUACUGCAGAACUUCUACGAGACCACGUUGGAUGCCCUUAGGGAUGCCAAGAACGAUCGCCUCUGGUUUAAGACUAACACCAAGCUGGGAAAACUGUACUUUGAUCGGAGUGACUUUACUAAGCUACAAAAGAUACUAAAGCAAUUGCAUCAAAGCUGCCAGACAGACGAUGGCGAGGACGACCUUAAGAAGGGUACACAGCUACUGGAAAUCUAUGCUUUGGAAAUUCAAAUGUAUACGGUACAGAAGAACAAUAAGAAGCUCAAAGCCCUCUAUGAACAGUCGCUGCACAUCAAAUCGGCCAUUCCACAUCCAUUGAUCAUGGGAGUGAUACGUGAAUGUGGCGGUAAAAUGCACCUGCGAGAGGGUGAGUUUGAAAAGGCGCACACGGACUUCUUUGAGGCGUUCAAGAACUACGAUGAAAGCGGAUCGCCAAGGAGAACUACGUGCUUAAAGUACUUGGUAUUGGCUAACAUGUUGAUGAAAUCCGGAAUAAAUCCCUUUGACUCACAGGAAGCCAAGCCUUAUAAGAACGAUCCCGAAAUUCUCGCCAUGACCAAUCUGGUUAAUUCCUAUCAAAACAACGACAUCAAUGAGUUUGAGACCAUUCUGCGACAGCACCGAAGUAACAUCAUGGCCGAUCAGUUUAUAAGGGAACACAUUGAGGAUUUGUUAAGGAAUAUUCGCACUCAAGUGCUUAUAAAACUAAUCAGGCCCUAUAAGAACAUAGCAAUACCUUUCAUAGCCAAUGCGCUGAACAUUGAACCAGCUGAGGUGGAGAGUCUGCUGGUGUCCUGCAUAUUGGAUGACACAAUAAAGGGACGCAUCGAUCAGGUCAAUCAAGUGCUUCAGCUGGACAAGAUCAACAGCAGUGCGUCACGAUACAACGCCCUGGAGAAAUGGUCCAACCAAAUUCAAUCACUGCAGUUUGCCGUGGUCCAGAAAAUGGCCUAAGUGCACCUAUUGCGUAUAUAAUAUCUUUGAAAUCAAUUAAAAAUGCUAGAGUUUAAAUUAAA